UGGCAGUCGGGCGUUGCUUCCGGUCGGUGUGAGUGAGGGGCGAAGUGCUGGGAGCUGACGACAGUGCGAGAGGGAGAGAGGAAAAACGGUCAAAACUCGAAAGAUGUUUCACCGGGGGGUUGUACGACGGAGCAAGUUUCGCCAUGUUUUUGGACAGGCCGUGAAAAAUGACCAAUGCUACGAUGACAUCAGAGUUUCCAGAGUUACCUGGGACAGUUCAUUCUGUGCUGUAAAUCCCAAGUUUGUGGCAAUAAUUGUAGAAGCUGGUGGUGGCGGAGCAUUCGUGGUACUUCCUUUGCAGAAGACAGGCCGGAUUGAUAAGUCAUAUCCAACGGUUUGUGGUCACACAGGGCAGGUGCUGGACAUUGAGUGGUGUCCACACAAUGACCAUGUUAUUGCCAGUGGAUCAGAGGAUUGCACAGUUAUGAUUUGGCAGAUCCCAGAGAAUGGACUGACACUUCCCAUCACUGAACCAGUUGUCACCUUGGAAGGACACUCCAGAAGAGUUGGGAUUGUAUCUUGGCAUCCAACAGCACGCAAUGUUCUCCUCAGUGCAGGAUUGGACAAUAUCAUAUUCAUCUGGAAUGUGGGAACAGCCGAACCCAUGAUAACACUUGAUAUGCACCCAGAUAUGAUCUUCAGCACAUCCUGGAACCGCAACGGCAGUCUACUCUGCACUACGUGCAAAGACAAGAAUUUAAGGGUGAUUGAUCCACGAAAAGAGGAAGUUAUUACUGAGAUCAAAGCUCAUGAAGGAGCACGGCCCAUGAGAGCAGUGUUCUUGGCGAAUGGGAACAUCUUCACCACUGGCUUCAGUCGUAUGAGUGAGCGGCAGCUUGCACUGUGGAGUAUAGGAAGUGUUGAAAGCAUCGCCCAGCAUGAAAUGGACACCAGCAAUGGUGUGCUUCUACCUUUCUAUGAUCCAGAUACAAACCUUGUUUACUUGUGUGGGAAGGGUGACUGCAGCAUUCACUACUUUGAGAUCACUGAUGAAGCACCAUAUGUCCAUUACCUGAACACAUUCAUCACCAAGGAGCCACAGCGAGGGAUGGGAUUCAUGCCAAAAAGGGGCCUUGAUGUUACCAAAUGUGAGAUUGCCAGGUUUUUUAAGCUUCAUGAGAGGAAGUGUGAGCCAAUCAUCAUGACUGUGCCAAGAAAGUCUGACCUUUAUCAGGAUGAUUUGUAUCCGGAUACAGCUGGACCAGAACCAGCAUUGGAAGCAGAGGAAUGGUUUGAAGGGAAAGACAAAGACCCCAUUCUCAUCUCCCUGAAGGAUGGCUAUGUCCCUGUCAAAAACCGGGAGUUUAAAGCUCAAAGAAUCUGCUUAGACAAACCAAAGAAAAUUGAAAGUGGCAAUACUACCUUGAAAGGAACUUCUCCCAAUGCAAAUUCCGAAUCCAAGUUGGACGAGUUGGUGCAGGAGAUUAAAACUCUGAAGGCCACUGUUGCCAGCCAAGAUGAGCGCAUUGCCAACCUUGAGGAUCAGAUGGCCAAGAUAGCUGUCUGAAGCCUGUAUUAUGCUUAAUUAUGGGGGUACAAUUGUCUGGUGUGGAUUAUCAGAUCCUCCAAAAACCAAACUCUAACCCUCGGUACCCUGCCAUUGGUCGAAGCACCUUCAGCUUUCCAGUAUCAAAUUGCCCUAUUUUUUUUCUCCUUUCUCACUGGACUAACUUUGUUACAAUUUGGAAACACAAUACACUUUUUUUUAAAUAGAAUUUAUUUUCUGGAUUUUUAAUGCCAAGAGGAAACUAUUCUUUUCUUCUCUACACUUUCCACAUCAAAAAAAGUAUUAAUUUUUUUUUUAUUCCUAACUCAAGUCCUAUGCAUAUUAUCAAAGGUGUGCUCUACUCUAAUACUAGAGUGAUUUCCAGGUUAAGUGGGCUUAUCUGUCUCUUGUCUGUCAGGUACCUGUUUUUAAGUGACUACACAUUCCAUGUACAAGUGUACAGCACCAUUAAAGAACACUUAGUGGGUUCAGCUCUUAUAGAGCAAAAGAAAUGGUGAGCUGUCAUUAAGUAUACGUCCAGUUACAAAGAUAAAACAUUGAUUAUAAAACUA